AUGGCUAAAAGAAAAGCUCUUAGUUUCGAUGAGAAAUUAAAAAUUAUACAGCAGUAUGAUGAGAAAAAAGGAGUUACGAAUAAGCAGCAAUUUGCAAAUGAAAUAGGAAUACCUGUAUCUACAUUAAAAACUUUAUUAAAAAAACGGGAAGAAAUUGAAUCCAGCGCCUUUUCAGGCAUCAGUAAAAGACGGAGGGUACGUAAAGGCAAAAAUGAGGAUUUAGAAGAAGUGCUGUACCAAUGGUUCCAGCAAGCUCGAGGAAAUAACUUGCCGAUCAAUGGACCCAUUAUGACGGAAAAAGCCAACGAAAUAGCCAAAGGCUUGGGCAUAAAUGAUUUCUCUGGAUCAGCUGGUUGGCUGGAUCGAUUUCGAAAAAGAUAUGGCAUUAAAUAUCGUCAAAUUAGUGGUGAAGCCGAAGCCGUAGACGACGACAGCAUUGCUCCCUGGAUAGAAAAUCUCCUCCCUAAUCUACUAAAAGACUAUGCACCUGAGGACGUAUAUAACGCUGAUGAAUUUGGAUUAUUUUUUAAAUUAAUGCCAGACAAAUCCUUAGUUUUAAAAGAUGAAAAGUGCCACGGAGGUAAGCUAAGUAAAGACAGACUGACUGUAUUAGCAUGUUCUAAUUGGACUGGAUCUGACAAGUUGAAGCUGAUGGUGAUUGGAAAAUCUAAGUCACCACGGUGUUUUAAAAAUGUGCGAACUUUCCCGUGCAACUACAAAGCACAGAAUAGAGCCUGGAUGACUGGGUGUUUGUUUACUGAAUGGGUGCAACAGUUGGACCGAAAAUUCGGUAAAGGAAAGAGGAAAGUCCUUCUGUUUGUGGACAACUGUCCCGCUCAUCCCAAAGGAAUCCCCCUCAAAAACAUCAAGCUCGAGUAUUUCCCCCCCAACUCUACCAGCAAGCUUCAGCCAUUAGAUCAAGGAGUCAUUAAAGUUUUGAAGCAGAAAUACCGUAAAAAGCUGGUACAGCGUUACUUACGUGAAAUUGAAUCAGGAGAGGACUCUUCCUGUAAAAUAAAUGUGUUGGAUGCUAUCCAUUAUGUUUCGGCUGCGUGGGAUGAGAUCGCGCCAGAUGUGAUAAGAAAUUGCUUUCGAAAAGCGCAUUUUGAGAGCAAAUCUAAUGAAAAUGGCCUGAAUGUUGCGGAUUUUCUGGACAUCGAAUUUGAGGAACAGUAUCCUGGAUAUUGUUCAGUUGAUGAUGAUUUGCCUAUCACGGAAACUCUAGAAAUUCAGGAUAUGAUUGACAUGGCGAAAGAUGGAGAAUUCGAGGUUGAUAAUGAGGAAGAGGAAGAAGAUGAACCUCCCCAACUUCCCUCUUUUAUUAGCGCCUGCGAUUCCAUGCUUUUGCACAAAAAGAUACAAUAA